ACAGCACAAAAACUAAAGAGCUGAAAUACUAUGUAAAACUUUAUAAUUUAAAUAUAGAAAAGCAAUAUUGAUUGACUUAACGUUACUACUUUUUUAUGGUAACUGAUGUUGCAUGCCGGCACGGAUCGUCACCCUCGCUAGGGAAGGUGGUUGCAUGCUUCCUGUCCUAUCAGGAGAGCGAUUGCUUCUGUCGAGGUCGAAUGGGUAAAGUCGGCAACUCUACGCUAAAGAAAACAAAAUAUGAACCCAGUCUUUGUUUUAAUGUUAAUCAUAAAAAAAAUAUCCAGGCAUUUAACUAUUGAGGACACAUUAUGAAGUUUUACACAUGUGAGGUGCAUGCAUAAGAGAUUGGCCCAAAAGAAAACAUGCCAUUUCAACAACAUACCAUUUACUUCUUCGUCGUUAUAGUGACUUCAGUUCUUGUUUCUGUUUUUUGGAUAAAUUUACUUUCUGAAUUUAAAAUGGAUUUUAUUUCAUUCGGAAUUACAAAUACGAGUAAACAAAAAAAUUUGAUUGUGCCUAAAAAAGAAGUUGUCAUAUCAAAAGAAAAUUUAACGUUUGAUAUAUUGAUUUAUAAUGGGCCAUAUCUAAAGCCAUACGUAGAACCUUUCCGAAAAAAGAAGUGUCCGUCAGUAACAAACUGCAUCGUUACUGACAAUGUAAAGGACAUUAAUAACAGCCAUGCUGUUAUAUUUACUCACACGAGUUUACCUGGAAAGCCACCAUAUAAAGCUUCCAAUCAAUUUUGGAUAUUCCAUUCUUUGGAAACCGUGCAUUACACCCACAAACCACCGAAACAUUGGGAUGACAAGUUUGAUUACACGAUGUCUUUUCGAAGGCACUCAGAAGUACUUAGAUCUUAUGGGAAAAUUGUUCGCCGUGAAAAGGAAUUAAAAAGAAACUACAGCGAAGUGUAUCGAAAGAAAAAGUUUGGGGCAGUGUGGAUGUCGGGCCAUUGCCCUGUUCCUUCAAAGCGGAAAGCGUUAGCACAGGAGUUGGGAAAAUAUAUGCAUGUUGACCUCUUUGGCUCGUGUGGUACACGUCCUUGUGGAAUCAGAACCCCUUCUUUAAGUGAUUGUUUGAAAAAUGUGUCUCGAGAUUAUAAAUUUUACUUUUCGUUUGAAAAUACAAUAUGUCCUGACUAUACCACUGAGAAGUUAUUCAAUUUGUUUUUGUAUGACCUUGAAAUCGUUCCCGUAGUGAAUGGACCUGCCAAUGCAGCAGAGUAUAUACCAAAUGGAACAUUUAUCAAUUAUCAAGAUUUUCCAUCGGCGGCAGAACUUGCUAAAAAGUUGCUAGAAAUUGGAUCGAAUGAGGAAAAUUACACGAAAUACCUCAAAGAGAAAGAUAAAUACCACGAUAUUGGCAAUGGCGGAGUCUUUGAUCUUGCAAUGUGUCAGUUGUGUAAUAAACUUGCGACUAAUCCGACCAAAAAUUCUCUAAAUUACUGGACAUCGUUGAUGAAGAAUAAAUGUUGAAAUAGCUUUAUUUUCAUGAUUUGAUUUAAGAAAUGAAGAUUAUAAGUUUUCUAUUGAUCGACGUAUCAAAGAAAAAAUUGACCGGAAAACUUCAUCAAUGUAGCAAAACUUCAUCAAUGUAGCGCAUUGAUGAAGUUUUCCGGUCAAUUUUUUCUUUGAUACGUCGAUCAAUAGAAAAAUUAUUAUCUUCAUUUCUUAUCAUUUAAUAAAACAUUUUCAAGUCAUAAAACGUGAAGUGUCAUUGAUAAAAAAUGUAAAUAAUUUAAAUGAAGCGGCACGUAUGAAUACAAAACAACAACAUCAACAAUAUUCAAAAUGGAUGCGCCUUCAGGUAAUGCAGAGCUAUUGAGCUGAAUUUAAUGGAUUAAACACAAAUAGUGAGUCAAAAUCUGAACCGGCUGAAUUGAAAACGAAAGGAAAAUACAUGCGAUAGCUUGUGAUGUUAUUCAAUUUGCAGAAAGAUUCGUUAAAACUGGUUUUCAUGUGAGAUCGCUGGAAUAUGCAACUGGGAAUAACAUUGCAAGGAGAGGCGAUCGUGAACGAAAAUGGUUGAUAUGUCGACAAAGAAUAAUAUGUAUAAGCGACUUUUCUAAACGUUGUGAUAACUAGAUAGCCAGUGAUGUACUUAAAUCAGUAAAUGGUAUAUCUGCCGCUUGGAAUGCGCCGCAGGAGUUGAUGCAUUACUCAUAGCUUUGCUUUACGAUGCUUUUUCUGAUGACCUAUCAUGUACAUGUGUAAAUUUAAAAAUCAUCGUUACCAAAUUUGAACAGCAGUGUUGCCGUGAAAUUGUAUAGGCCUAUAUGUUUGUAUAAUUAUUCUGGAAAAGGAACAGCCAGCUUCGCAGUAAUGUUGAUUGAUCUCAAGCAGACGAAAUCGUGACAAGACGCUUACAGUACCGAUCAGACCCAACCUAACAGAAAGUAAACACAAACUAAAUCCUGGGUUUACUUUCUGUGUUUACUUCGGGUUUACUAGAGUGGCUCCAGAGUAAACCCAAGUAAACCCAGAGUGGACACAGAGAGUAAACCCAGUCAGAAGAAUACCCCUGAAAGCAGACACUAACUGUGUAUGCGGAAUAUACAAAGGGUAGGAAUUACAGGCAGUAGGAUGGUAAGAUAAAAUACUAGUCUGCUUCACACCUCAGUGCAUACAGUUGACCUCAAAAGCAAAAUCAAAGAACAUUGUAAACCCAAAGUAAACCCCGAGUAAACCCAAAGUAAACCCCGAGUGGACCAAAAUUUUCAAAAAGUAAACCCAGAUUAAACCCAAAAAGUAAACCCGGGGUUUUGUUGGGUUUUACUCUAAUGUUAGGUUGGGUCUGAUCGGUACUGUAAUUUUCUCUUUCGUGAAUCAAAUAAUGUGUUUUGUUUAUUUUUGAAGGUUAAACUUUCAAAUUUUUAUGUUUAUAAAGUUGUAUUUUGUUUGCUGACAAUAAAACAGACACAACUUUA